GUACUUGAUCAAGCAAUCAAGGUCUUCUAAUCCAGACCCCUCCACAUGUAGACCACAUGUGUUGUCGUGACGAACAUUUUUUCUGUUUCCUCCGAACAAGUCUCUUCCUGAAUGUGCUGUGUGCGUAUGGCUUAAAAUUAGACCACAAGCCUAGAAUUUGAACUAAUUAUAACCUUUCGUUGGGCAGUUGCUUUUGAUUAUCAUGAAGUCGCGUAACCUUUAACUCUAUCGCUGUGAUUAAAACUAAUCCACCAACAAUUAACCUGUGGUAAAAUCCGAAAAAAUGGCGGCAAGUCUCGCCAGGAAAGUGUCCCGAUUUUUUAAACGGAUGGGUGUUGUGGGUUAUAGCAAACGCCGGAACAUAUUUGGCAUACACCCUAUUAUCAUCUCGACCACUUAUAUCAUCAUUGCCCUUUUUUUGGCCGCAUUGACACGGAAAAUAAUCAAUGCCAUCUUUAGCGAUAGCAUUUUCAAACGCAUGGUGUUGGAGUUUGUAGCGACCCUCGAAUUAUGUGCCGCUUGCUUCGAAUUAAUCAUAGUUGCGGACAACUGGGGAAUAUGGGCGUACGCCCUCUACCUCUGUCUUUUAACCAUUUGGUGGGGCAAGAAUUGGGAAAAUGCAACGGCUUGCCCCUACAGUCACGUCGAAGAAAUCUUAGAAGGUUUUCAAGAUGUGAGCUACGCGGCUCUUCUGAUUUUUUCGCAAAUUUUGGGAGCCAUAGUCACGUUUCGGUACGUCCAAAUUUUAUGGGCGAUGGAGUUGGUUGAAACGCACCGAAGUAAAGCAUUUGAAGACUGUGUGGCAGAUUUGCAGGUUCACAUGCUUCUUGGUGCCCUUAUAGAGGCUGCAGGAACGUGUGCUUGUCGUAUAACUUCGAGGUUUUUGAGUGAAACUGGAACUAAAUUCGGGAAUGUUUUGGAUGCUUUCUUUAGCACGAUGAUGGUUGUUAUGGCUUUCAAUCUCUCUGGAGGCUAUUACAACCCAGCGCUGGCCACUUCGCUGAAGCUGGGAUGCGAAGGGAACACGUUCGUCGAACAUCUCGUCGUAUAUUGGCUGGGAGCGACGAUAGGAUCAGUCAUCUCAGUCAUUAUAUUUAGAUCAGCAGCGGUUCAAGAUUACCUGAAGAGUUUGAAAACGAAAGUUGAUUGAUCUAUGCAAAAUGUAACAGAUCUAGUCCUGAUUGUGAUAAAUGUAACGAUGCUCAAUAAAUUAUUUUUGAAUUCAA